AGCCACUUUGGCUCAAGCGAUUCUGGCUCAAGCCAUUUGGGCUCCAGCACAUGGGGGCCACAGUGGUCGAGUCCCGGUUUCUUUUCUCCUUGUAUUGGCCUUUGCUGCGCUUGUGGCUGAUGACAAUUGCAUUCAGUGGGCGUCUACGCGUUGCCAUACCGCUCUUGGGUAUAACUGCAUUUGCUUCACUACGAGUUCUGACAAGGGACGGAUCUCUGGACCACCAGCCUACUGGAUUGUUUUCAUUUCUGCAGUCAUCAGGUUGUUUGGGCGGAAACAGCACAGCGCUUGCACACCAAAGUGAACACGUCAGCCUACCCGAAUGUGGUUCGACGGAUCUCCUAUUCAAUGUUGGCCAGGGUCGAACGGGAACCACCACGAUGCAUCAUGUUGUCGAACAGCUCGGGUACAAGUCUGUGCACGGUUUCCAGACGGUGAAUCUUCAAGAAGUGAUUGAUUUUAAGCAACAUCCAGGGAGCGUUGACUCUUCAAACGUUUUCGCUGAUCUAGUGAAUCAGACAGGCACCCCAAAACUACGUCCAUUUGAUUGGUCGGGGGAGUGGCCUGAACGGGGCACAGCCUUCCAUGAUGUGCCGUUCUUCUCGAUGCCUUGCGAACUGUAUUUGCGUUACCCGCGGGCGAAGUUUUUCAUGCUAGACAAAGACGAGGCCCGCCAUGCCAAAAGUGUGAUGGUCAUGUAUUGUGAUUACGAUUGCCAGUACGAUAAGACUACGAAACAGUGCAGUCAUGGUAGCCACUGCGACCUUUUUCUGCGGGGGGAUCGCGCUGGAAUUCAGCGAAACGAGCUUCGCGGAUUCAUAUGGGGUCAGGCUUAUUCGACCUUCUGCCAGAAUGCAGUAAGCAUUUGCUCAGUGAGAAUGGGUCAGUCACCUGAGAACAAUCUCUACGCACGCACGUUGCAACUUCUGGUCUUUGCCCAUCGGGAACACGUAGCCAGAGUCCAUUCCUGCAUUCCAGCUGAGUCGCUGUUCCACACUGACGGUAUGUUCCGCAACUUUUCGCGUGAGCUUGCGAAGUUCGUGGCGUUCCUUGGAUGCAAGCCAAAAACAGCAGUGGACAGCAUGUCGCUACCGGAACAGAGGUAGAACGGGAACCGAAGGAUUAGACCAGACAUACGCACAUAUUGUUGCAGCAGUUGCACGAGUUGUGUGGCCUUCGGGCGGAUAUCAGAGGCGACCGGGCCUGGGGGCCCUGGUGCCAGGACCUCGACCACAAGUGUGAGGCCUUGUGCGCGGGGCCCGUUCUUGGGAGGUCUCGUCUCGCCUCCCGGGCGAACCCGAAAGCCGUCCCGGCGGCCCAGGACGUCGUCCAACGGUCGGACGGCUCGAAGGAGCCUUCAGACGCCUUCGUGACCCCCCUCCUUUGCUUCUGUUUGUUACUCUGGCCGCGCCGAGGCGGAACCGCCCACGCCGCCCACUCACCUCCCUCCUCCUCCUCCUCCUCCUCCUCCUCCUCUUCCUCCUCCUCCUCCUCCUCCUCCUCCUCCUCCUCCUCCUCCUCCUCCUCCUCCUCCUGGCUUAGGUCCAUUACUCUAGAGUGCCCGCCCCUCGAAGAGGAUGAUGAUGAGGGGGUGGGUGGGUCUGUUGUGGAGGCGGGAGUGUCGUCCGUCGCCGGGAAGGAGUGCACGCGCUCGGCAGCGGCCGCCGCGAGAGCAGCCAGCGGGCCUCCGCCGGAGCCGAGCGAGGAGGUUUGGGCGAACUUCAGGCCUUGGAGAGCCCGAGGCCACGUGUGCCUUGAGGCCCCAGUUUCGUCUCUCACGGGAGCCCCUCUGGGGACCUCGGUUUUUUGCACGGCCACCCUGGGAGUUCCUGGGGUCGCAGUGCCCUCGCGUCGGAUUGCCUGGGCAGUCGGUCUGCUGGCCGAGAGCGGCAAUUGGACUGGAUUUUGCGUGGGAAGCACCCUUCCCGUCGAGACGGGCGUGCAGGGUCAACCACAACCACCGCCCUGUCUGAUGCUUCUAGAGACUUCAUGGCCUCCAAGCUUGGCCUUGAUGAGGUCCCCCCUCUGGACCCUGCCCCGUGCUCGGUGUCAGGAGUCGACCUCGUCCGAGGGCUCGUCCAAGGGUUCGCGCUGGUUGGUUUCUCCUCUCGCGUUUCAGCCGAAGAGCUGGGGCGGCGGGUCCUUGAUAGGAGGAAGUGCGUGCCUGUCGAAUUGGAGGACGAGUUUAAACUUGUUCAGUUUUGCUUGUGCUGCGAAUUGGGUGGCCCCCCUUGCAGCUGGUGCUGCACUUGUGCGCGGGGCCCGUUCUUGGGAGGUCUCGUCUCGCCUCCCAGACGAACCCGAAAGCCGUCCCGGCGGCCCAGGACGUCGUCCAAAGGUCGGACGGCUCAAAGGAGCCUUCAGACGCCUUCGUGAUCCCCCUCUUUUGCUUCUGUUUGUUACUCUGGCCGCGCCGAGGCGGAACCGCCCACGCCGCCCACUCACCUCCCUCCUCCUCCUCCUCCUUUUCUUCCUCCUCCUCCUCCUCCUCCUCCUCCUUUUAACCUGCCUAGCCGAGGGUGCCGGCUUGGCAGAUGCUGGUUCUAAUUUUCUCGCCGAGGCUCGAGGAGAGUUCCUCCGUCGUUGCCCGCCUCCGCCCUGUUUUGCAGGGACGCCAGCCGAAGCAUCUGACUUAGGUCCGCGUUGGGGCGUCCCUUCAAAUAUUUCACCUUCCAGCGCAGCUGGGCCCCUUUCGAAAAAAA